CAGAACCAUUCAGCUGAAGUCCCCUUUAUUUACAUAUGACUUUUCCAUCAAGGAUCAGCAUCAACCAUCAAACAUGACGACUCUCAAAGAGAUACUGGCUCUUGAGCAAGUUGAGCCCAAUCGCUUCAAAAGCGUGAAUCUUCCUGUUCGGAUGGGAAACAUUCUUCCCAUAGCUUUCGGAGGAUACACCAUUGGUGUGGCUGUAGCCGCUGCACACUACGAUGUCCCAGAGAAACACAGACUCUACGCCGUCAAUGGAAACUUCCUGGGCCCAGCAUUAACGGAUAGACCGGUCUUUGUCAACACCAAGGUCUAUCGCUCAACGAAAAGCUUUACGACCAAAUUCGUGGAAGUGCUGCAGAAGCAGGAUGAUGGCAAAGAGAGAGUCUGCCUAGUAGCCCUAGUGGACUUCCAUGUCAUCGAGGCGGAUUCAUUCAUGAUUUACUCUGCACCGCCAAGCAAAGAGUACACUUCUGUCGAGGACUCCUGGACACCAGCCGAGCGCAAGAAAAUGAUGGUUGACGAGAAGAUCUUAACACAAGCCCAAGUGGAUACACACGACAAGCUGUUCCAUCUCAUGGGCACGUUGAUUGAUAUGCGAUUCACCAAGCAAAGCAUUCACGGACAAACUCUGCAAGGCUUUGCCAAAGGACACAAGACGACGCAGGAGCAUCUGCCUCUCACAGAGCGCUCAUCAGCAGAUUGGCUCAAAGUCCGCGAAAAGGUCGAAACACCUGCUGAGAACGUCACACGUCUCGCUUUCUUGUUGGAUGCAUCAAUCUCCUUCCAACCUCUUGUUCUAUCGAGCAUACCUCUGACUGAAUCAAGUGCAUGCUCGACUCUGGAAUUCUCACUUCGCUUCUUAACGCCAGAAAUCAACAUCAACGAUUUCCAUCUCCGAGAGUGGAAGACAUAUGCUGGUGAUGCGGCAAGGACAUUUUCGGAAGCUCGAUUGUGGGACAAGGAUGGCAAGAUGGUUGCCAGCAUGUCUCAAACAUCCAUAUUGAGACCCCCUAAGAAGGCAGCGGCUAAGAAAUCAAAGAUAUAGACAUAGAGGGCAUCAGAUGUGGAAGAAACGAUGAUAGCAUUAGAGGAAUGGUUGAACGGCUCGCAGGUAUAUAGAUCUUGUAGACCGCCAAUCUAGCACGUACGGCCACAGUCAGCUGAAAACUGGGCAUCCCGUCCGCUCUGCCAUACAUAAGCAGUUGAACGGCAGAUUAGUACUACGGUGGGUGACCACGUGGGAAUCCCUGC